AUGCCUGAGCGUGUGCCGCACCCGAACGGUGUGCUGGACAGGCGCUUGGGCAUCAGCAACAAAAACUACGUUUGUGAGACAUGCGGGCAGCGGCUGGCCGACUGUGCAGGACACUUUGGCUACAUCCGGCUGGAGCUGCCCGUGUUCCACAUCGGCUACUUCAAGAACACCAUUCAGAUCCUGCAGUGCAUCUGCAAGACCUGCUCCCGGGUGCUGCUGCCCGAGGAGGAGCGGAAAAUAUGGCUCAAGCGCUUCCGCAACCCCCGGGUGGAGAGGGUGCAGCGGGUGUUCAUGUUUCGGAAGCUCAAUGACCGCUGCAAGCGCCAGAAGAACUGCCCGCAUUGCGGCGAGUACAACGCCACGGUCAAGAAGGCCACCGGAGUGCUCAAAAUUAUUCACGAGCGUUACGCCAAAAACGAGAGCCUUGCUGACGCGAUUAAGUACAACGACCAACUGAAGCCGCAUCUGCACCGCAUGGCAGACGACCUGCACCCGCUGCGAGUGCGGGCGCUGUUCGAGAACAUUCCGGACGAGGACCUGGACCUGCUGGACAUUCAGGGUCGUCCCGAGGACCUGGUGACUACGCACCUUGCGGUACCCCCGGUGGCCAUAAGGCCCUCCGUGGAGAUGGACGGAUCUUCCAAUGAGGACGACAUCACCAUGAAGCUGAUGCAAAUUAUCGACGUCAACAACGUGCUCCGUCAGGGUCUGGAAAAGGGCCUCCCCAUCAACAACCUGAUGGAGAACUGGGACUUCCUGCAGGUGCAGUGCGCCAUGCUCAUAAACAGCGACCUGCCGGGGCUGCCCGCGCAGAUGCAGAUGCCGGGGAGGCCGCUCAGGGGCUUCGUUCAGCGUCUGAAGGGCAAGCAGGGCCGCUUCCGUGGCAACCUGUCCGGCAAGCGAGUGGACUUCUCGGGUCGUACAGUCAUUUCCCCGGACCCCAACCUGCAGAUAUUCCAGGUGUGUGUCCCCCAGCACAUGGCGGUGGUGCUCACCUACCCGGAGAGGGUGACGCGGCACAACAUCGACAAGCUGCGGCAGAGGGUGCUCAACGGCAUCUCCACGUGGCCAGGUGCCAACUUUGUGGUAACGCCCGACGGCGACAAACAGUUUCUCAAGUUUGGUGAUCGGCGCAAGAUCGCCGCAGAGCUAAAGGUUGGGCAUAUCGUGGAACGGCACUUGGAGGAUGGCGAUGUCGUACUGUUUAACCGACAACCGUCAUUGCACCGAAUUUCCAUCAUGGCGUUCAGGGCCAAGGUCCGCACCUGGCGCACGCUGCGCUUCAACGAGUGCGCGUGCUCCCCCUUCAACGCGGACUUUGACGGGGAUGAGAUGAACCUGCACCUGCCCCAGACUGAGGAGGCCCGCGCCGAGGCCUUCAACCUGAUGGGCUCCGUCAACAACCUGGCCACACCCAAGAACGGGGACAUCAUGAUUGCGGCAACACAGGACUUCCUGACGUGCGCCUUCCUGCUGACCUCCAAGGACCGCUUCUACACGCGGUCCGAGUUCUGCGGCCUGCUGGCCACCAUGGCGGAUGGCCUGGAGCACAUCGACCUGCCCACCCCCGCGCUGCUGAAGCCGCUGGAGCUGUGGACCGGCAAGCAGCUGUUCUCCUGCCUGGUGCGCCCGGCAGCGGCGGUGCGCGUGUUCGUGAACCUGGAGAUGGCGGAGAAGAUCUACAGCAAGAAGGGCGAGCACAUGUGCCCCAAUGACGGCUGGGUGUGCUUUCGGAACAGCGAGCUGAUAAGCGGCCGGUUAGGCAAGGUGGUUCUCGGCGCCAGCAAGUCGGGUUUGUUCGGCACGCUGAACUGCGACUACUCGCCGUACGCCGCGGCGUCCGCCAUGUCCCGCCUUGCCAAGAUGGCGGCUCGUCACAUGGGCAACCGGGGCUUCUCCAUUGGCAUUGACGACGUAACGCCUGCACCGGUUCUGGAGCGGGCCAAGGCGGACACGGUGGAGAAGGGCUACACGGAUUGCCGUGACUUCAUCGCGGCGUUCAAAAAGGGUGAGCUGCAGCUGCAGCCCGGCUGCAACGCGGAGCAGUCCCUGGAGGCCAACAUGACCGGUGUGCUGAACAACAUCCGCGAGGUGGCGGGCAAGGUGUGUAUGGACACCCUGGACUACCACAACUCCCCCCUCAUCAUGUCGCAGUGCGGCUCCAAGGGCAGCCCCAUCAACAUCGCCCAGAUGGUGGCGUGUGUGGGGCAGCAGUCCGUGGGAGGCAAGCGCUGCUUCAACGGCUUCAGGGAGCGCACGCUGCCGCACUACCCGCGGGGCGACAAGACGCCGGCGGGCAAGGGCUUUGUGGCCAACUCCUUCUACAGCGGCCUCAGCGCCACGGAGUUCUGGUUCCACACGAUGGGUGGCAGGGAGGGGCUGGUGGAUACAGCCGUCAAGACUGCGGAGACGGGUUACAUGUCCCGUCGACUGAUGAAGGCGUUGGAGGACCUGUACGCCCAUUACGAUUCCACCGUACGGAACGCCAGCGGUGGCAUCGUACAGCUGCUGUACGGCGAGGACGGCAUGGACCCGGUGGCCAUGGAGGGCAAGGAGGGCAAGCCGCUGGACUUUGCGCGGCUGAUGGCCAAGGUUCGUGCCACCACUCGCCGGGUGCCGCUGUCCGCCGGCGGCGCUCACGAGGCCGCCGCCGCCCCCGCCGCGGCUUCCUCCAUGGACUUGGGCACCCCCUGGUGCAGCGACGCAUUCCGUAAGGGCCUCCGGGACUUCUUGGCCUCACAGCUGGCGGGAUAUCGUAACGCUCGCAAGCGGUUGGGCCUGGCGGAGGACGAGCGUGGCGCUGACGACGCCGCGGAGUACGCGGCGGGGCAGGAUGGCUUGACGCCGUCGCAGCUGGAGGCGUUUGUGGGGUUGUGUCUGACCAAGUACGCUACGAAACGUAUCGACCCCGGGUCCACGGUGGGAGCUGUGGGGGCGCAGAGCAUUGGCGAGCCAGGCACGCAGAUGACGCUGAAGACGUUCCACUUUGCUGGCGUGGCCAGUAUGAACGUGACGCUUGGUGUGCCUCGCAUCAAGGAGAUCAUUAACGCUGCCAAGAACAUCAGCACGCCCAUCAUGAAGGUGGCGCUGGCGGUGGAUGGCGACGUCAAGGCUGCGCGACUGGUCAAGGGGCGGCUGGAGAAGACGACUCUGGGUCAGGUGGCACGACACAUCAAGAUCGUGCUCAAGCCAGGGAGAGGGGGAGGAGACGCGAUGACGAUGCCCGGCAGCGGCGGCGCAUAUGGCGGCGGUCCUCGGCUGCAUGGCGAGGCGGUCAUUUCCAUUCGCCUGGAUAUGGCCAGUAUUGACGCGCUGCAGCUGGACAUUGACGGGCACACGGUGAAGUACAGCAUCCUGGCCCACCCCAAGUUGAAGCUCAAGGAGCAGCACGUGCGGGCCGUGGCCCAGGACAAGGUGCUGGUGUACCCCCAGGACGCAUCUCGACAGGGGCUGCUGUUCUGCUUGGAGGGGCUGCUGGGCAAACUGCCAGGGGUCAUCGUGAUGGGUAUUCCCACUGUGGAGCGAGCGGUGAUCACCAAGGACAAGGGGGACAAGUACUCGCUGCUUGUGGAGGGGACGAACGUGCAGGCCGUGAUGGGCACUCUGGGGGUGCUGGGCACGCAGACCACCACUAACCACGUGGCGGAGAUUGAGAAGUUCAUGGGCAUUGAGGCCGCCCGUUCCGCCAUCAUGUCGGAGAUCAAGUACACCAUGGGCAGCCACGGGAUGAGCAUCGACGACCGACACAUAAUGCUACUGGCGGAUUGCAUGUCGUACAAGGGUGAGGUACUUGGGAUCACCCGCUUCGGUAUCGCCAAGAUGAAGGACAGCGUUCUACACACCGCCAGCUUCGAGAAGACCGCCGAUCACCUGUUUGACGCGGCAAUACACGGGCGCAUGGAUGAUGUGGUGGGGGUGAGCGAGUCGAUCAUCAUGGGCAUUCCCAUGCCCACGGGGACGGGGCUGUUUAAGAUUCGACACAACGUCACGGGGCAGGUUGGAAAGCUGUUUGAGCGGCCGCUGCCCCUGCUGGCGUACGGCGGCGACGGCGGCGGCGCCGCUGCAGUGGCGGCGGCGGCGCCAGUGGCGCUUGGGUAGCGUGGCUAGGGUACCUUCCGACGGCAAUUAAUGGGGGCAGGAGGUGCUGUACAUGGGGGGUGGGAGGAGAGGGGAGGAGAGAGAGCUGGCUGCGAGUGG